GGUCCUCGACAGGCAGAGAGACACCGACCGUUCAGUACGGAGUGGCCUCCACAACCGACAGGGACGUCGUUUUGCCACCACCGACGACGACGACGACGACGACGACGACGACGACGACGACGACAACGACGGCGACGGCGACGGCGACAAGAACGAGGGAGGUACAUGCGCCUCCCGUCGUCCAUUAUUUCUCUCUCUCUCUCUCUCUCUCCCUCUCUCUCUUUCUCUCUCUUUCUCUCUCUUUCUCUCUUCCUUUUUGUCUAACAUCAAAGUUAUAUCAAAAUCAAUAAAGAUAUAUCGUGACAAGUGUUCGAUAAGUAUAACGAUGAGACAGUGUUGAGAUUCUUGGUAGCGGAGUAUUUAUUUAGUAGUAGUGAUAGUCGGAAGAACGUUCGUCAGUAGUGUUGAAAGACAACGGGGGUGAUUUUUAGACAAAGUGCCGUUGUACCGAUCGAUCGUGAUCGGUGGCGGUACCAAAGGCAAGUCUCGGAAGGCCGAAGAGAAAGAACGGCAGAGAAGUAGCGGACUUGGUGAAUCGAGUAAAAAUCGAUGGCCAUCAGCGCCCAUGGGCGGCCUCGCGUUUAGGACAAGGAACAGCCCCUCCCAGAAGACCUCGCUCCGGUGGGGUGACUGCUGCCCCCCAAACCCCAAUCCGCCGUCGUCGUCGGCCCUUUGGAAGAACCGCCAACGGGACAUGCCGCCGGUACCCGUUUGAGGCUGUCCCCCGUUGCUGCGUGAUUGUACUCCACGGGGUCUUCAGAGAUAUCCAAACGUUCCGAAAUUGGAUCGGUCACCAAAUCUCUGGGACCUCCGUUUCCGUCAGCUCGAACACACGCCGCUGGAACCGUACUCCCCGAAGAUGAUCAACAUCGCUGGCCUGAUCUCGAUCAUAUUGUUUUACGCGUUGAUACUUGGCGUUGGAAUAUGGGCAGCAAGAAAGAAAGAGUCUGGAAACGAUUCCGAGGAGGAGGUCAUGUUAGCUGGCCGUUCAAUCGGCUUGUUUGUUGGAAUUUUUACAAUGACAGCAACAUGGGUAGGUGGAGGAUACAUCAACGGUACAGCAGAGGCAAUUUACACGAGAGGUUUGGUCUGGUGUCAGGCACCAUUUGGAUACGCUCUAAGUCUUAUUUUUGGUGGCAUAUUCUUUGCAAACAAGAUGCGACAACAGGGGUACAUCACGAUGCUGGAUCCGCUUCAAGAUGCAUUCGGGGAACGAAUGGGUGGUCUUCUAUUUCUUCCUGCCCUAUGCGGCGAGGUAUUCUGGGCAGCUGGGAUCCUAGCUGCUUUGGGUGCCACGUUAGCUGUCAUCAUCGAUAUGGACCAGGGUGCCUCCGUCAUUCUAAGCGCCUGCAUCGCAGUUUUUUACACUCUAUUCGGCGGCCUCUACUCCGUCGCUUAUACCGACGUCAUCCAACUUUUCUGCAUUUUCAUCGGACUGUGGAUGUGCAUCCCGUUUGCCUGGGCCAAUCCAAAGGUAGAGUCACUUAGUUCCAUGGAGGUCGAUUGGAUCGGCGAGGUCAAACCCGAGGAGUAUUUUUAUUACGUAGAUUACGGGUUAUUAUUGAUAUUUGGUGGCAUACCUUGGCAAGUUUAUUUCCAGAGAGUACUUUCAUCAAAAACAGCAGGAAGAGCUCAACUUUUGAGUUACGUUGCAGCUGUGGGAUGCAUACUCAUGGCUAUUCCUCCUGUUCUCAUUGGAGCAAUCGCUAAAGCAACACCUUGGAAUGAAACAGGUUAUCACGGGCCAUAUCCAUUGACGGAAACCGAAACAAGUAUGAUUCUACCAAUGGUCUUGCAAUAUCUUACGCCAGACUUUGUUUCCUUUUUUGGAUUGGGUGCUGUAUCGGCAGCUGUUAUGUCAUCGGCAGACAGUAGUAUCCUAUCUGCCAGUUCGAUGUUCGCUAGAAACGUUUAUAAGUUGAUCUUCCGGCAGCGAGCAUCGGAGAUGGAGAUCAUUUGGGUAAUGAGAGCAGGCAUAGGAGUAGUUGGUGUUCUCAGUACGGUGAUGGCUUUGACGAUACCUUCUAUCUAUGGGUUAUGGUCGAUGUGUUCCGACUUGGUUUACGUUAUCCUCUUCCCUCAACUCCUAAUGGUCGUCCAUUUUAAGGAGUACUGCAAUACUUAUGGCAGCUUAUCAGCUUACAUAAUAGCAUUCAUGGUGAGGAUCAGUGGUGGUGAACCAUUGAUGAGUUUGCCAGCAUUGAUCCAUUAUCCUUGGUACGAUGAGGAAACCAAAACUCAGAUGUUCCCAUUCAGAACAAUGGCGAUGUUACUUUCCUUGGUGACAUUGGUUGCCGUCUCGUACGGUACGCAGGUUGCCUUUGAAACUGGUAGAUUGGCACCUGGAUACGACGUCUUUAGGUGUGUGGUAAACAUACCAGAAGACGUCGAACGUGUUGGACCAGAUCCAGCAGAAGGUGAACAAAUGGCAGUCCUUGCCGCAGGAGCUGGAAAGCUCUAUGGUAGCAAGGACGAAUCACACGGUCGAGUGAAUCCUGCGCUCGAGCCGGACUACGACAUGGAGCCGGGUUAUAAGGCUGUCGGGUCACCUGAGGGGAUCGUCGAUGGCGGUGGAGGUGGGGGACAGUUAGGUCUUCAUGGACCUAAUGUACCUCGUCAACCACAAUCCAGCACCGCGUUCUAAUUCCUGGUUUCAUGAUCGGAUGCUGUGACCAACAAUAAGUGUGGCGGUGCGGGUACGUCUCUCUCUCUCUCUUUCUCUCUCUCUCUCUCUCUCUCUCUCUGUCUCUGUCUCUCUUUCUCUCUCACUAACUUUUCCUAUAUAAAUCCAUAUUUCUUUGUAUCUAUCUCUCUUCAGUAAUAUGCAUUAUAUUUUUUAUUAUUCUCUUUCUCUUUCGCUCUCUCUUUCUCUCUUUCUCAUUAUCCUUAUAUCUCAAAAAGCAUCGUCAAAAAGUGUUAGUUGCAUUCUAAGUCGGUACAACGAAUCCGUACAAAUAUUCCGUUCACAAUCCUACUUCAAGGCAUUUAGACGUCUACAUACACGUUAUCGAGACUUCUUAUUGUUAUUGUUGAAACGAUUAUUUCUCAGAUGAGAAGAUACAUGAGAACGUGCUUUUGACCGUCCAGGUGAAAAAAAGAAAAUGUGUCUAGAAACAAAAAGAAAAAAAAAAAAUGAAAAAAAAAAAAACGAAAAUAUAAUGAAAGCAAAAAGAAUAUUAAGCAAUAAUAUCUUAGAGAUCAUGCGAUAUCUUUUACUCUCUCUCUCUCUCUCUCUCUCUCUCUCUCUCUUUCCCUUUCUAUCUCUUUCUCUCUCUUUCUCUCUCUUUCUUUUUUUCUCUGGUGUAUAUACAUGUUUUUGAUAAACAAACAAAAAGAAGAAUCUCUUCUUCGACAGUAUUUUUUUUUUUUUUUAAUCGGAUCAAGUUCAAGGUAGACCGAUCAUUUCUAUAAAAAGAAAAGAACAAAAACAAAAACAAAAAGAACAAUCUCUUACUCUCUCUCUCUCUCUCUCUCUCUCUUUUUCUCUUUCAAAAUCGAUAAAUUUCAAUCGAUCCCACGGUGCUAGAUUCGUGUCACGUCGUGAAUUCACCAAACGAAUAAUACAUAAGGCAAAUGAUACGAAAGAAGUAAGUUCUCGGUCAUUGUUCUCUUGAAACGGAACUCACGAGGUUCCCGAAUGAGAGAAAGACAAAGAGUGAAAUCAAAUUAGAUGAAAAAGAUCAAGAUCAUCGUUGUUCCUUGAACUGUCACGAUGUAUUAUUAUGGCUUGCUUUACGAACCCGUACCGCCGCCUAUUAGGCCUAGUAAUUUUUUCAUUUUUAUUUUGUGAUAUAUACAUAUAUGUAUAAUAUAUAUAUAUAUAUAUAUAUAUAUAUAUAUAUAUAUAUAUAUAUAUAUAUAUAUAUAUAUAUAUAUAUAUAUAUAUAUAUAUAUAUACAGAUAUAUAAAUACACAUUACCAUACAUGAACACACACAAUAAGAGUAUAUAUAUAUAUAUUUAUAUAUAUAUAUAUAUAUAUAUAUAUAUAUAUAUAAAUUAUAUUAUAUUAUAUUAUAUAUAUAUUUAGAGUUUAAUGAUUACUAUUUGAAGAAGACUUAACAUCUGAAAGGUACGACCUAUCCGCUCGGCUUUUUCAUCGUGAAGGCUCUCACUAUAUAUUUUUAUAUACAUAUAUAUAUUAUAUAUAUAUGUAUAUAUGUAUAUAUGUAUUAGACAUAUAUAUAUAUAUAUAGGGAGAAGGAUGAGCCUGAUCGAUCGAUGUUCGUUAGGAAUUAAUUAGCGAAGCGCGAACGACCGCCGUAAAUUAAUAAAUAAUAGGAUAGAGAAAUUAUUAUCGAGUAACGUGUUCGCGAAGAUGUUUAGGGUGGCUUCGUAUUAGAUAAAGUCUCGUACUUGUCAUCAUCAUUACUGUUAUCCGUGUUUAAUCAUCUUACAGAAAAUUAAGAAAAGGAAAGAAAAAGAAAAAAAAGAGAAUGAGAGAGUGAGAGAGAGAGAGAGAGAGAGAAAGAGAGAGAGAGAGAGAAAGGAAAGAAAAGGAAAAAAAAAUAAAUAAAAUAAAAAAAGCUUUUGUACUCUUUGCGACCGAUCGUUAUUGUUGUUGUUCUUCCCUUGCUUCGCUCGAUUACGAAACAAACGUAACAUCUGAUUAGGGAGGAUGAUGAUUCAAUGUAAAAAUAUUCUCCCAAAUGAAUAUUAUUAUUAGAAAUUAACUAGGAGAUAUCGCGGUCGCGUUGUGUUAGAUCGUGUUACUUCGUGACCCUCUCCGUGAUUACGACGAUCGAUACGAUUACGUGAGAACGAGCAAUUUAUUACAUAUUAUUAUUUGUUAUUGUUGUUAUUAUAAUAAUAAUAAUAAUUAUACUUAUUAUUAUUAUUAUUAUUAUUAUUAUUAUUAUUAUUAUUAUUAUUAUUAAUAUUAUUGUUGUUAUUAUUAAAGAAAUGUUUAGCUGGCUCAUUAAUUAAUUUCAUCUAAUCUCUCGUUUUAUGAUCUUUUUUCAUCGGUAUCUUUUUUUCUGUUUUUUCUGUUUUUUUUUUUUUUUUUUUUUUUUUUUUUUUUUUUUUUUUUUUUAUCAACGCAAUGGAAUCUUUUUUCUAUCUCAUGAAAUAUAUUUUUAGCUAAUUAAUUAUUUCUAACGACAGAAAUACGAGAAUGGCUCUUUGAUCUAAUUUGAUGAUUAAAUAUCGUCGUUUCAUUCAUAUCGUCGUUUUCAUGCAUAUAAAUAGUGUCAAUCGGGCGGAUUGGUCGGCCUUCAGAUCCGUUGUGUUUCUUAUAUAGUAUAUAUAUACAUGUAUAAUAAUAUAUAAGAGUAAAAGAGUAUUAAUGACAUGCGAGAGAGCACACACGAGAGAAUGUUCAUUGAAGGAUCUAAGUUUUCAUCGGAUAUUUCUCUCCCCUUAUACAUAUAAUAUAUAUACGUUAUAUAUUAUAUAUAUAUAUAUAUAUAUAUAUAUAUAUAUAUAUAUAUAUAUAUAUGUAUAUACAUAUAUAUGUAUAUACAUAUACAUACAUGCAUGUAUAUCCAGUAUACUGAUGAAGAUGAAUUAAAAUGAUCACUGGUUGAUAAGUAAACGGUUUUCUAAUAACACGAUUAAAAUCAUUUUUUCGUUGAAAUUAAAAUCGUUCGGAGAUAUUAACAACGUGACACUUUAAAUACCUUCGUUAUGUAUACGCGUACAUAUGUAUAUAUGUAUAUAAAGAAAGUACGUGAAAAGACUAAUCGAAGAUCGUAAAUGUUAAUUAUUAUUAUUAUUUAUUAUCAUUAUUAUCAACAUCGUCAUCAUCAUCAUCAUCAUCAUUAUCAUAAUCAUCACCAUUAUUAUUAUUAAUAAUAAUAAUAAUAAUUACAAAUCAUUUAUUGCUAAUUUUGAUAAUGAGUUUUGUCGUAUCAUUGUUUUCAUAGAAUCGUUCCUAAAGAAAAAAAAAAAAAAAAAAAAAAAAAAAAAAAAAAAAAAAAAAGAAAAAAAAAAGAAAGAAAAAAAAAGAACAAAUUAAUUAAUAAAUACAAAAUACAUACGCAAAACAUGAAAGAAUAUACGAGAUAAGACAGGUACACAUACAAAUAUAAAAUAAAAAAAAAUGAUUAACUUGCGUAUUACAUGAUUUAUAAUCAAGAUCGAACUGAUAAAAUGAACAUUUAAUUGGCUGACAUUCGGGGUGAAAGAUUUAUCUUUUUAUUCGAUUAUGGAUAAACGAUCUUCUUUAAAAAAAAACAAAAAAAAACAAAAAAAAAACAGAAAGUAAAAGGAAAAGAAUAGGAGAAAGAAAAAAAAGGAAAAAAGAAUAUCUUAAAAAUAGCAAAAAUUAGCAGGUGUAAUUAGUUAGGCAGGUGUUAAGAGAAAAGUCUGCUACCUCGAUAAUAAAUUAGCAAAGAAAACUUUUCGAAUAAGAAGAAGAAGAAGAAGAAGAAGGAAAAGAAGAAGAAGAUGAAGAAGAAAACAAUUGUAUUGUGUGAAUAAAUCUCUAAAGAGGAAGCUAUGAAGAAGACUGCGACAUGAUUUAAGACUCUUUUCGAGUCUCAUAAAACUUUCGACUUAGUUGAGUUCCUUACUAUUAUUCUAAUGAGAAAGCAAACGUGAUGAUGAUUCAAAUAGUUAGUUAGUCAACGACAACAGACAAGCAGGAAGAUAGAGACUAGGAAAAGUAUAUAUACAGGUUGUUGACAAAUUUAUCUGUCAAAAACAGCUGAUCCACGGAAUUUCAUUAUAGUUCGAAACUUAUAACAUUAAGAAUUAAAAAUUACGAGACAUAAAAGUAUAUACAGGGCGUCGAUAAAUUUAUCUAUCUAAAUCAGCUGACUUUGACAAUUCUUUUGUCAAAGUCAAUUGACUUUAUUAAAUUUCAUUAUCAUUUGAUAAUUGAUUAGAAAAUAUUAUAAAAAAAAAAAGAAAAAAAAAAAAAGAAAAAGAAAUGAGACAGAAAGGUAUGGACGAGGAGACAUUGACAAAUUAUAUGUCAAAAUCAGCUGACUUUGACGAGUUUCAUAUUAAAAUUAGCUGAUUUAUCAAAUUUUAUUACCUUUUAAAAUGAAUUUAUCAUGAUAGAUAAGAAAUUAAUAGAGAAGAUUAAUAAAAGAGACAAUAUUUUUUAUACACCCUGUAUAUCUCUCUAACCGGUGUUCUCUUUUCUUCAUAAUCAUCGUCGUUGUUGCUUGUUGUUAUUAAUAUCACGGACGAUACUUUCACUCGGAUAUUAUAAAGUUAGCGAAGGAAGAAUUCGCUUUCUGAGUAUAUCUAUAUCGUUAUUUCGUUAUUUUUAUGAUCUAAGGAAGAAAAAAAAAAAAAAAAGAUAAUAAGAGUAGUGAAGCAGGGAGUUGGAUAUUAAUAACAAAUGAAAUGUUUCUACAAGCUCGAUAUUUUCAAUGAGGAAAUACAAUGUUUCUUUACGAUCGAACGAUCUUAUUUUUAUUAUUAUUAUUACUAUUAUUAUUAUUAUUAUUAUUAUUAUUUUUUAUUAUGAGAUUCCAAUGAAAGAAAGAAGAUCGUUUAUCUAUUUUAUCUAUCUAUUUAUUAUUUGCUUCUAUUUCUUUUUUUUUUCUUUUUUUUUUUUUCUUUUUCUAUGAUGAAACAUAGUUUCUAUUCAAUGAAAAAAAAAUUUCGAGAGAAACGUUGCCUCGAGUGUCGAUUUAACGACGUUUGUAAUUACGCCAAGUUUUUCGCGCGCGUAAUCUGCGACAUAUCAAUUAAGGUUUUUAGUCGUGCUGCUAAAAAAGAAAAAAAAAAAAGAAAAUAAAA